GCUCUCUCCGCCCUCCACAGGGCAGUGUUUUCAUCUCUCUGUAUCAUUCUCGCCAUCUGCUCUCCUCAGCCGUCGCCGCUGUGCUCUCUCCGUUCUCGGCUUUCCUCUUGGCCUCUGUCCGGGUCCAGCAGACAUGUCCGAGCAGAGCAGCAGUCGAUACCAGCAGUUACAGAAUGAAGAAGACCCUGUAGAAAACCCUCAGGCAACACCCGAUGCUCCACCUCCAUACAGCAGCAUUGCUGGAGAGAAUGCAGCAUUUUUUGACUACAAAGAUGAGCCUGGAUUUCCCAAACCACCAUCAUACAAUGUGGCAACAUCGCUCCCUAGUUAUGAUGAAGCAGAGAGGACUAAGGCAGAAGCCACAAUACCCCUGGUUACUGGAAGAGAUGACGAUUUUGUGGCAAGGGAUGAUUUUGAUGAUGCAGACCAGCUCAGGAUAGGAAACGAUGGAAUAUUUAUGCUCACGUUUUUUAUGGCGUUCCUGUUUAACUGGAUUGGAUUCUUCCUCUCAUUCUGUCUUACAACUUCAGCAGCAGGAAGGUAUGGGGCCAUUUCUGGAUUUGGCCUCUCCUUGAUUAAAUGGAUCUUAAUUGUCCGAUUUUCUACUUACUUUCCUGGAUAUUUUGAUGGACAGUACUGGCUCUGGUGGGUGUUCCUGGUACUGGGUUUCCUCUUGUUUCUUAGAGGCUUCAUUAAUUAUGCCAAGGUUCGAAAGAUGCCAGAAAACUUCUCCACUCUUCCCAGAACCAGGGUUCUCUUUAUUUAUUAAAGUGUUUUUAUCCCUGCCUUCCUGCCUCUACAGAAAUCCCACGCCUACUGACGGACGGCAAUGGCACCUGCAGGAAGAGCGUUCCAACCAUCAAAGAGAGAAAAAAUAUCUGCUGUAUAAAGAAAUGAAAGAAGUCCUUUAAAAUAACUAAACAUCCAUAGGCAAUGUUACUGUCCAAAGGAAGAAGAAGAUUAGCAUUUCCUUUUGUUUUUAGGUGUAAACUUUGAAUAGUUUUUGCAGAAUUUUGUUGUUAUUCUUCUGGAAUCAUUAGUGGCUACUGUUUAAAUCAAAGCUAUUGCAAUCAAGUUUGUGAAGUACUAAUAAAGCCUUAUAUAUUGUUUGUAAAAUACCGGGAGAACAUUGACCUGCACUCCUUCUGCCAGCAGAGGGCAGUCUAACUCUGUCUUGUUUUUCCAUAGUCUUCAUUCAACUGCCGUAGAGAUGUUUUUCGUGUAUUGUAUUGUGUUCUGCUUUGGGAAGUAUAAAAGGCCUUAGACAUUGACAUAUAGUUCUUAAUUUUGCAGUGCAAUUUCUAGAUUACACUAGAUUUGUUUUUUGCAAAUGAAGAAUAUUAGGAAUUAAGACACACUAUUCCUAGAUCUCCAUAUAGGCAUUCACAUUAAAUUGUUACCUGUCAUUUCAGCACAGUGGACUAACCAUAUGCAACCUUUCAAUUUGCUACUUGGCACGCCAGAUAUCAUGAGAGGUUUCAAACUCGUGAAUGUUUUACAAAUGGUGGCCUCUGUUGUAUACAGGUACAGUUUAAAUGUGGGGCUAUUAAACCCAAGAUGAGCUACUGAAAUUCUGCGAGUCCCGCAUGAAUCAUUGUCAACUCAAGAUAUGUCUUUAUUGAUACGUUCUUGUUUCUUUAGUUCAUGACCGUGCGAGUGAACUAACAAUAGCUCCGUUAUAGACCUCAAAUAAAGAAUUGUUUUCUUAAAGGGAGUUUAGUCUGUUAAAAAAAAAUAGUGGCUAUAUGUGCAGAGAUUGUAAAUAUCUACUUGCAUAUAUUGGAAGACAUGCACAGAUGUAGCAAAUGUUAAUUCGGCACUUACAGCUAAAAUACACAGUUGCAGCAAACUUUAAUAUAACUUUUCAACAGCUUUUGCUGUGUUAAUUGUUGAAUUAAAGCAGCGGUCUAGGCCUGAUGUACUUACCAUAUAUAUAUAUAUAUCAUGCUCCAUUUUAUGAUUUGCAGCAUGUUUUCAGAUAACAUUAGUAGAGAAUGCACUGGUCGUUUUUACCACUGCAAGGCUGGAAUCACACCUGUACUUUUUGGUGCCAUUUUUUGAGUCAAGCUUGGGGGUGAAUACAAAAGAGACGCUUAUCGGUCUUCUUUAGUAAUUUCUUUUUGGAUCAACUUCUGGCUUUGGCUCAGAAAACUCCGGCUAUUGUGAUUCAGCGUGAUAUAAGAAAGGAAAUAGACAACUGCUGCAUGUAAUAUUUAGCUAAGAGGAAGUUCCCAAUUGUUUGCUUUUGUCUAUAGUGCACCCAAUGAAUCAUUUUUCUUUUAUGUCAAUGGCAACUGAUGACUUGUGGAACAUAUGAUAAAACUGGAUGAACUGAAAGUAGCCAGUGGGCUGCACUAUGAUAGCCCAAAAGCUUGACUAUUCAAACUGGAAUCUAAUCCAUACAAAUGUUUUAAUAAGAAUCAUGCUGAAAAACCAUACAAGUGGAAACCCCUUACAAGAGUACAUAUUUAAUGAGGAAAUCCAGCAAAAAUGAUCUCAUGACAUGUCAUAUGGAGAAAUAUAUGGCCUUGGGCCUCCACUAAUUUCUGGAAAGAAAUAGUUGUCACCACUAGAGCAACCAGUUCCUUUAUAUAGUGUUGCCAUGAGAGCUUUCCAGUGAUGCAACAAGAGGUUUGGCUCUUCUGGAUUUGGAGGAUGUCUGAGCUCUAAGAUGCUACUGAUGUGAUCUGAUAGGUCUCCAUGACUUGUCAGAAGAUCACUUCCAGGUUGGUUUCUCCUUUAAGUAUAAAUGAUCCUUUUCUAAUCUUCUCUGGUAAUAAGAUGUUACAAAUGCCACUGUCAAUUUGCAUAUUAAUAUAUGGUUGAAGCACCCAUGGUUAGAGAACCAAUAUUCUUGAAUUUAUGGUAUCUCAUGUCUAUAAUGCUAACUGUAUUGAUGGAUGUGCUUUCUCGAAUACUGGUUCUUCUGUAUUUUCCAAGACCUACAUGUUAAAAUUAGAUGUUUAAGUUAUCAAGUAACUUAUUGUGUAGAAAAGCCAUGACUUUGCAGUUCUAGUCAGCAAAUUAUUUUCAGCCAAAAAAUGGAGGUAGACUGUUGAAUGAAUGUGAUACUACAAAUGUAUGGUAUUAUAUGGCAGUCGCCAACAGAAAAAGAUAGCAUCUCUACUCAAGGUACACUCUGCUGUCCUUGGCUUUAGUCGGCACAUUGGGACCUGACAUACCCAAUCAACCUGGGAAAUAACUAGCUGGAUGUACUUUUUAUUUAACAUGGGGUCCAGCUGUCUAUUAUCGAUUGGGUGGGUGAUACAUUACCUACAUGUACUUUCAUGUGCUUUUAAAGUCUGUAAGCAAAGCAUUGCAUUGCAUUUUGUGUAGACUGAUAUGCACCUUUAUUUGCCAUGAGGCAAUUCACUUUAAAAUUUUACUAUGUUAAAAGUGUAAAUAUAGCAGAACAUUAAUAAAUGUCACUUAUGUAGCA